CCCCUUUCCGCGUCCUCGCCCGGGACCCGCUGGCAGCCCGGGGGACGCCGGCAGCGGACCAGCCAACUCCGAGGCGGGGACGCCGCAACGGCAACUUGAGGCCCGAGAGGGAUGUGAAGGCCCAAAAUGACCCUCUUACCCGGAGACAAUUCUGAUUACGACUACAGCGCCCUGAGCUGCACCUCGGACGCCUCCUUCCACCGGGCCUUCCUCCCGCAGAGCCAAUCGCUCAAGGGCGUCUUCUACCGGCGGGCCCAGCGGCUGCGGCCGCAGGACGAGCCCCGCCCGGGUGGCCCGCCCGAGGACCGCCGGCGGCGCAUCAUCAUCAACGUGGGUGGCAUCAAGUACUCGCUGCCCUGGACCACGCUGGAGGAGUUCCCGCUGACACGGCUGGGCCAGCUCAAGGCCUGCACCAACUUCGACGACAUCCUCAACGUGUGCGACGACUACGACGUAACCUGCAACGAGUUCUUCUUCGACCGCAACCCGGGGGCCUUCGGCACCAUCCUGACCUUCCUGCGGGCGGGCAAGCUGCGGCUGCUGCGUGAGAUGUGUGCCCUGUCCUUCCAGGAGGAGCUGCUCUACUGGGGCAUCGCCGAGGACCAUCUGGACGGCUGCUGCAAGCGCCGCUACCUGCAGAAGAUGGAGGAGUUCGCGGAGAUGGUGGAGCGGGAGGACGAGGAUGACCCGCUGGACAGCGAGGACCACGACAGCGAGGGCCCCUCUGAGGCCGAGGGCCGCCUGGGCCGCUGCAUGCGGAGGCUGCGCGACAUGGUGGAGAGGCCACACUCGGGGCUGCCCGGCAAGGUGUUCGCCUGCCUCUCAGUGCUCUUCGUCACUGUCACCGCUGUCAACCUCUCCAUCAGCACUUUGCCCAGCCUGAGGGAGGAGGAGGAGCAGGGCCAGUGCUCCCAGAUGUGCCACAACGUCUUCAUCGUGGAGUCGGUGUGCGUGGGCUGGUUCUCCCUCGAGUUCGUCCUGCGGCUCAUCCAGGCGCCCAGCAAGUUCGCCUUCCUGCGGAGCCCACUGACCUUGAUCGACCUGGUGGCCAUCCUGCCCUACUACAUCACCCUGCUGGUGGACGGCGCUGCCUCGGGCCGCCGCAAGACGGGCACGGGCAACAGCUACCUGGACAAGGUGGGGCUGGUGCUGCGGGUCCUGCGGGCACUGCGCAUCCUGUAUGUCAUGCGUCUGGCCCGCCACUCCCUGGGGCUGCAGACGCUGGGGCUGACGGCCCGCCGCUGCACCCGCGAGUUCGGGCUCCUGCUGCUCUUCCUCUGCGUGGCCAUUGCCCUCUUCGCCCCCCUCCUCUAUGUCAUCGAGAACGAGAUGGCCGAUAGCCCCGAGUUCACCAGCAUCCCCGCCUGCUACUGGUGGGCCGUCAUCACCAUGACGACUGUGGGCUAUGGAGACAUGGUACCCAGGAGCACGCCCGGCCAGGUGGUGGCGCUCAGCAGCAUCCUCAGCGGCAUACUCCUCAUGGCCUUCCCCGUGACCUCCAUCUUCCACACCUUCUCCCGCUCCUACCUGGAGCUCAAGCAGGAGCAGGAGAGGGUAAUGUUCCGUAGGGCCCAGUUCCUCAUCAAAACCAAGUCGCAGCUGAGUGGCAUGUCCCAGGACAGUGACAUCUUGUUUGGAAGUGCCUCCUCAGACACCAGAGACAAGAACUGAGCCAAGGACAUACCCCACCACCACCACCACAGCUGCUGCCGCCGCCAGGACACCCCCAGCCCUGUCUGCCCUCUGCGGCUUGAAGCUAUUGCCAUCACUGCAAAGCCUCCAAAGGCACGCACUGCUGAGUGCGGCCCCAGCAUAGGACUGGCUAGAACCACACCCCAGGCAGGACAUCCGCAACAUCCGCAGAGGGGUCCCUGUCCCUCCUAGGCCAGAAGUGAAGCAGAGCUGGUCAUGAGCCCAGCACACAGCCCUGACCGCACCCCCUCCAUCCACCCCAGCCCCCAAGCCUAUUUCCCUCAAUAAGGAGAUGGCUUAUUUUUCCCACCAUGUAAAUAACAUGCCAGCAAAGACCCGCCUUAUGGGUCCGCCUAGAGAAAAAGAAAUACAAACAGCCACAGCAACAUCUUUAAUGUGGAUCACAUGCAAUUAAAGAAAACCGAUGAAAAGGAGAGAAAAAGCCUUCCAUGGGGCUCGCUUAAGAAACUGUUUUCCAGCAGAGCCACCCAGCACAGGUGCCAGAAGGAAAAGAGCCUGUUUGCUUGGUUCCCUCAGGCCUCCUGGAGCCCAGUGGGGUUGAAAGGAAAGGGAGAAAUUGGGGAAAUUGCCAGUAAAUACUGCAUUCUCUCUCCCCCUCCC